AUGUAUCUGGAGAACAAAAACAACAUGGAGAUGGAGGCGUCGGCCCAGGGCCACCAGGGCCGGGGCAGCCUGAGGUCACCGGAGGCCGUCGCCGGGAACUGGGAGCUCCGUCUGCUGCAGGGAAUCUCUGAGCGGAGGGACGCCGAGAAGCUGCAGCAGUCGGCCGUCCUGCCGUCGGGACAGUGCGUCAUCCACACCGAGGGCUUCGUCCCGGUUCGACAGGAGGACGGGCAGAGCUUCAGCGUGGUGAACUUCCUCAGAGCAAAAACAAAAUCAGCCAACCUCACAGAGAGGUCUCCUCUGCUGAGGUUCUCUCAGGACGACAGUCUGACCUACAUGACCUUACACGACCCCGGCUUCAUGGGGGGGGAGGAGCCGUGUGACGGGGGUUCUUUGGACCUGGAGAGGAGGUACCGGCUGGGCAGCGAGGUCACCAGUCUGUCGCUGUCCCGGUCCAGCUCCUCGGAGAAGAGCGACGCUCGGGACAACCGCAACCUCAACUUCAGACUCACCAGCAGCAUGAAAUGCUGCUUCAAUGUCUCCAAAAUUGCCACAAUAUUUACUAUCGUCGUCCUCUGCAGUCUGUUCUUCAGCAUGUAUCCAGACAGAGACAACCCCUGGAGGAUGUUGGCCGUCUCCUCUACAGACAGUUUCUCGAUGAACCUGACGGACUUCAGAGACAACGCUCUGCUGAAGCUCCAGGUGGGGGGGCCGUUCACCGGGGGGAAGCUGGACCUGGAGAACCAGGACUACAUCCUGGUCCAGGUGGAGCAGACGGAGCAGGGGGGGCAGCGGAGGAGGAGGAGUCAGGUUCUGUAUAACUGGACCAUCCCUCUGCAUGCAGAACGGAGCGACCAGAUACUGUUGACCAAAACCUUUGAGAUGCUCAGCAGUGACCCCAUCGUCAUCACCUUCCAGGCCUUCCUGCAGGAUAACGAGGUGGUGCCGUUAUCCAUGACCCACCAGUCGCUCUACGUCAACGUGGAGACGCAGGUGGCCAUCGCUGGAGUCAUCCUGACCGGAGUCUACGUUCUCAUCAUCUUUGAGAUUGUUCAUCGUGCUCUAGCGGCCAUGUUGGGAUCUCUGGCAGCUUUAGCCGCUCUGGCCGUCAUCGGAGAUCGGCCCAGUCUGGUUACUGUGGUCGAGUGGAUCGACUACGAGACUCUGGCGCUCCUCUUUGGCAUGAUGGUGCUGGUGGCCAUCUUUUCAGACACGGGCUUCUUUGAUUACUGUGCUGUGAAGGCCUACCAGCUCUCCAGAGGACGAGUGUGGCCGAUGAUCAUCAUCCUCUGUCUCAUCGCCGCCAUCCUCUCUGCUUUUCUGGACAAUGUGACCACGAUGAUGCUUUUCACCCCGGUCACCAUCAGGUUGUGCGAGGUGCUUAAUCUGGACCCCAGACAUGUCCUGAUUGCAGAAGUAAUCUUCACCAACAUCGGAGGGGCGGCCACAGCUGUCGGAGAUCCACCCAACGUGAUCAUAGUCUCAAAUCAGGAGCUGCGUAAAGAAGGGAUUGAUUUUGCCAGUUUCACGGGCUACAUGUUUCUGGGAAUAUGCCUCGUUCUCCUCACCUCCUUCCCGUUCCUCCGGCUGCUCUACUGGAACAAAAAGCUCUACAACAAAGAGUCCAUUGAAAUAGUCGAACUGAAGCAUGAGAUCCUGGUCUGGAGGCAGACGGCUCAGCGCAUUAACUCGGCCAGCCGAGAGGAGACGGCGGUGAAAUGCCUCCUGAUGCAGAAAGUCCUCAACCUGGAGUAUCUGCUCCGCAAGAUGAUGAAGACCUUCCAGAGAGAAAUAUCUCAAGAGGACAAGAACUGGGAGCAAAACAUCCAAGAGCUGCAGAAGAAGCACAGAAUAACGGACACGGUGCUGCUGGUGAAGUGUGUGUCCGUCCUCACCGUUGUGAUCUUCAUGUUCUUCCUCAACUCCUUCGUUACCAGCAUUCAUCUGGAGCUCGGUUGGAUCGCUAUCCUGGGUUCUCUGUGGCUUCUGGUUCUGGCCGACAUCCAGGACUUUGAGAUCAUCCUCCAUCGGGUGGAGUGGGCCACGUUACUCUUCUUCGCUGGCCUCUUCGUUCUGAUGGAGGCUCUAGCUCAGCUGCAGCUCAUCGACUAUAUUGGAGAACAGACGGCUCUGCUAAUAAAAGCGGUGCCCGAUGACCAGCGCUUGGCUAUCGCCAUCAUCUUGGUGAUGUGGGUCUCGGCUCUGGCUUCUUCUCUCAUUGACAACAUUCCCUUCACUGCCACCAUGAUUCCAGUUCUCAUCAACCUCAGUCAGGACGCAGAUGUGAACCUGCCGGUGAAACCGCUCAUCUUCGCGUUGGCCAUGGGAGCCUGUCUCGGGGGAAACGGAACAUUGAUCGGAGCGUCGGCCAACGUUGUGUGUGCAGGGAUAGCUGAACAACACGGAUACGGCUUCUCCUUCAUCGAGUUCUUCAAGUUGGGAUUCCCGAUGAUGAUCAUGACGUGUGUGAUCGGGAUGUGCUACCUGCUGGCGACCAUCAUCGGACUCGGAUGGACCAUGUGA